GCAGGAAUUAGGCAGAGGAGCGAAGGAGGGGGAAGGAGGAAGGAGGAGGAGGACGCAUCAAUCUGCAGGAGAGACCGGAAGGAGGUUCCAGCAUGCCUGCGCAAGUCAAAGAGGAGCAGAGCUCAGAGGGGCCUCCUGCAUUGUCGCCCUCGCAAGAGGCCAAACGGGCGACGGUGGAGCCGCCGACCGCCGCCGCCUCCGCCCCUCCCGCCAACAGCAACGACGAACCGGACACGUCGGUCGCCUCCGCCGUGACGUCCGCCAACGACAGCUCCACCGAGGCUGGCACGCCUCUGCAGACCGACACCGAGGAUUUGAAGGCCGUGGAUCAGGAAGCGAACCGGACGACGCCAGACGACUUGCAGUCGGAGAACCUUCAACCGGCAGACGCGUCGGUCAGACCAGGAGACGGGCGGAUUCCUGACGUCGCGCCGUCCCACGCUCCACCGACGACGGCCGCUCAGCUGGUUCCCCAUCCCAGCGAUCCUCAGCUGAGCCGGGUUUACGCCCUCCCCGAGGGGUACAGACCCCUCGGUGGGGAUUUACGCGCCGGGUACGGCAGCCUAUCCCGUGGCAGCUCCGCCCUCCACAGCUACUGGCCAGGCAAAAACUUCCAACCCGGGGCACACUUCACGUUGCCCUUCCUGAGGGACAGCUACGCACCGGCGGGAUUCGGCGGCCCCACGGGGGACGAGGGCCUCGGGGACCAGUCGGGGAAUCCCGUGGACGUGAGGAACGACCACCCGGCGGCCACUUACGCCACCUUGGGAGGGAUUCACAACUUCAGGCCCAUUACUACCAUGGAGCUCCUCAGGGAGCCUUCCAGAACCAGAAGCGGCUACGACGACGCCUUCAUGGCCCAGCUGGAGGGCAACCUGAACCCUUUCUUCCAGGCCGUGUGCCGGGCGCAGACCCUGCAGUUCCCCCACAAGCGCAGCAGCAUGGUGAGCCUGGACAGCAUCCGCAGGGACCCCCGCUGGAGGGACCCCAACCUGCACGAGGUCAUCUCCAUGCUGGCCCACCCGAUGGACCCGGUCAAGUCCAACGCCGCCGCCUACCUGCAGCACCUGUGCUACGAGAACGACCGCAUCAAGCAGGAGGUGCGGCAGCUGGACGGCGUCCCCAUGCUGGUGGACCUGCUGGACCACCCCAAAGCCGAAGUUCACCGAAAGGCCUGCGGAGCCCUGCGCAACAUAUCCUACGGGAAGGACCACAACAACAAAAUGGCCGUCAAGAACUGCGACGGCAUCCAGGCUUUGGUCCGACUGCUGAGGAAGACGAGCAGCAUGGAGGUCAAAGAAUUAGUGACAGGAACCCUUUGGAACCUCUCGUCGCACGAGCCCCUGAAGAUGACGGUCAUCAACCACGGCCUGCAAACCCUCAACGAAGAAAUCAUCAUCCCCCACUCGGGCUGGAGGAGGGAGCCGUCGGACCCGUCCCACCGGCACGGCGCCGAGUGGACCACCGUCUUCAAGAACACCUCAGGAUGUCUGCGGAACGUCAGCUCGGACGGAGCCGAGGCCCGACAGCGGCUGAGGGAGUGCGAAGGGCUCGUGGAUGCGCUGCUGCACGCCCUUCACUCGGCUGUGGUCAACAAGGACGCGGACAACAAGUCGGUGGAGAACUGCGUGUGCAUCCUGCGCAACCUUUCGUACCACGUCCACAAGGAGGUGGCGGGCGUGGAGCGCCUGCAGGAGCCGCACGUCGCGCAGCUCAUCAGGUCGGUGGCGCCGCACCGGAAGAAGAACAGCGACGAGCCCGACUGCUUCGGGGGCAAGAGACCCAAAGAGGAGUGGUUCAGCCAUGGUUUGAAGUUGCUGUACCAGCCCGAGGUGGUGAGACUUUACCUGUCUCUGCUGGCCUGCAGUCACAACGCCAACACCUUGGAGGCGGCCGCCGGAGCCCUGCAGAACCUCGCCGCCGGACACUGGACCUGGUCCAGCUACAUUCGGGCCACGGUGCGGAAAGAGAAGGGCCUGCCCAUCCUGGUGGAGCUGCUCCGCUCCGACGCGGACAAAGUGGUGCGAGCGGUGGCCAUCGCGCUCCGGAACCUGGCCAUGGACAGACGCAAUAAAGACCUGAUAGGCAGCUACGCUCUGAGGGACCUGGUGUCCAAUCUGCCGUGCGGCCAGCAGCGGCCCGCCAAGAAUCUGGAGGGGGACACGGUGGUGUCGCUCCUCAACACCAUUCACGAGAUCAUCAGCGACAGCCAGGAGAACGCCAGGGCGCUCGUCCACGGGCACGCCGUCCAGAAACUGGUCGCCAUCAGCAGAUCCAGCCAAUCAGCACGUGAAACCAGGGCCGCCGCCCACGUGCUCCAGACCAUCUGGGCCUACAAGGACCUGAGGAACGCCCUCAACAAGGCGGGCUGGAACAAAAGUCACUUUAAGCCGACAGCCACCGGCGCGCCGAAGAAACCCAAGAGCGCGAAGCAAAGCGGCGACGACAUCACUUUGCCCCUCAUGGACAAAUCCCAAGAUGUGUUUUCCAGCAGUUUAGAGCCCAACGAUAGAGUGGAAGAUGGGAUUGGAGCUGUUGUUGAAAGAGACGCCGUCCCGGCGAUAAGCGAGAGGAAGCACUUCAUCCGAGCCGGCAGGCCCGCCGUGGGCCUCGUGGAUAACAAACCGCCGCCGCUGGACUCGUGGGUGUGAACGCCACAUCGCGGCCAUUUAACAGCCCCGACGCCACGGCACGCGGUUAGAGACCCUCUCUUGGCGCCCCACACGCACAUUUAUGCAAAUCGAUACGCGUAGAAACAACAAUUCCAGUAACCGGUAGUUCUUGUUUUGAUCCUAGGCAAUGAAUGAUGUGCCAAAUAUUUAUCAAUAAGAUGCUUAUUUUUUUUCUUCCUAGAUUUGACAAGAUUCCCCAUAAAUAUAUAUAUAACAUAUAUGAAAUAGUCUUAAAUAUGCAAGCCGUGGAAGACGUAGUACGACUCCAAAGACACGUUCACCGCUAAACACUUCAAUGAGAUUGAGCUGCUAGUUUAUGAUUCAUUUUUUUUCCGAUGUUCAGUCUUUGAAGAAGAAAGAAUCAGUCAAAAAAUUGAUAAUAAUAAUAAUGUAUUUUGGAUUCUCUGGCAUUUAUCAGUUUAAAGGAACCUGGUGGUUGUCACGGGCGGUGGACUAUCACCGCCAAAAUACAUAAAUUAAUAGUUUUCAUCCUGCGUAAGAAUAACUCUAAAUAUUAAUAAUGCAUUACAUCACUGUAAUAAAUUUGAUACGCGGUAAUAGUCGCAAAGUCUGCGUGCCAUUUGAGGAACUUCAAACCGUCCGACUUUGAUUCCCGAGACCAGAUGUGUAAAUGUGUAAACAAAAAUGGACUGUUAAUAAGCUAAAUGCGCGCAUUUAUAUUGUGAUAUUUAAUAUAUCAAACACCCGUGUCGAGAUUCUCUCGGACGCGUACGAGCCGCACGACCAGUCAGUCAGUCGUCCUUUACGUUCAAAACGAGUCUGGUUUGUCGUCGCUCGCUCCUAUUUUUUUUUUUUUUUUGAAUUUUUAAUAGCAUUGCGAUGUCGAAUGAAAAUAAAUCCCGUGCAGAAUUUCUCGUUUUUAUCCGUCUUUUCUUUCCCACGCGUAUGCGAGAAAAUGGUUUUUAUUGGGUUUCGUCAUAAUUAGAAGCGGAGUCGCCGAUAUGUUUCUCGGCUUUCACGUUCAAAAAGAAUAUAUCAAUACUUCUGCCUGUACUUCAUAGAAGAAGAAAAAAGCACUUAAAGUCAUAAUGUUAUUUAAAAAAAGAUGUAUUUUUACUAGAAAUAAAAAAAAAAGGUUGCCAAGUUUCUCAUCAAUCCUGAACGCAUACGGUAUACAUUUAUGCGUGUAAUAUUGUCCAUGUAUUGUACAUAUUUUUUUGUUUGUUCUCAGAUAUAUACCUUUUUUCAUAAAAGUUCAACCUUUUCUUCUCGCGUCAUUAUUGUCAUAUAUGUAAUUCUUGCUAAAAUAUAUAUUUUUCCCUCCACAGGAAAAGCCAA